AUGCUAGAGUUUAGCAAGCUUCUUAAAGAGUCUGAGAAGCUCGGAAUUCAAGGCGCUACGGAGGGUGUAACGCUCCAACGCUACGUUUCUUUUAGAACCCGGCUCAUUAAGUACCUAGCCGUGCACGCUUUUUUGCAGUUUGGGUUGGGCAAUGUCCAAAAUCUGUGGUCGUUAGGGGCUUCCUACGCGAGCCUGUGGUUUUUCUGCGGAAAGAAGAGAAAUGACAAGCAUGGUAACGGCAUUGACGGCCACGUCGGGGCUGCCGCAAUACUGGCGCAGGACAACCGCGAUUAUAUUAGGAAAGUUGAGUACCUGGGCACAUCAGACAUGACUACCGUGUACGCAGCAGAGCUAAAAGGGCUGGUCCUAGCACUGCGAUUGUUGGCGGAGGCCUCACAGGCGGGUGCACGUCCAGGCCGCUGUGCUAUCUUUACCGACAACCAGGCCGCCAUUCAAGCUAUGCAAAAUCCAAAGCACCCAUCCGCUCAGUAUAUCCUUGCGGAGGCCAUACAAGAACUCGACAAAAUCCGGACCGAAGGAUGGGAUGUGCAGCUCCGAUGGAUCCCGGCACAUGCAGCCAAAGACGCCGCCCGAAAGCACGGGGAUCCAUCAGAGCCGACUUCCCUGCGUACUCUCAUGGCACCCACCAAGACCAUCAUCCACAAGACCAUGCGAGCCGAGUGGGCAGCUUCCUGGGAAAUGGCCAAGCACGGAAGAGAGCUCUUCCGACUUGGGGUCAAGCCCGGGAAAACUGCACUCGACUUGUGCCGCGGGACAUACAGGGCCGUCAGCUCUGUGAUCACGCAGAUGCGCAAGGGCAAGAUUGGCCUUGGAGCGUAUCUCCACGCCAUCAACAAAGCAGACACCGACAAAUGCCAGUGCGGCUAUGGACCUCAGACCGUGCGACAUGUCCUGCUCGAAUGCAGAAACUGGACAGACGAACGACAGCAAAGCAACCCACCCGUAGCCCACUCGCCUACCUGGUACCAGUACUUUAGCGGUCAGGGUACCAGCAACAGGCUCAUCAAUGUGCCAGCACUCACUAAAUUACAACUCCCAGCAGCGUCUAGUUGCCAGCCUAGAAGCUGA